UCAGUCGGAGCGCGGCGCCGAGCGGAGCGGAGCGCAGGAGGGGACAGCCGGGGCACCGCCGGGGCACCAGCGCCAGCAGCGCCGACAGCGCCGACAGCGACCGCAGCGCCGACAGCGACCGCAGCGCCGACAGCGACCGCAGCCGCACCGCAGCGAGCGCACGAUGAUAAACACCCAGGACAGUAGUAUUUUACCUUUGAGUAACUGUCCCCAGCUGCAGUGCUGCAGGCACAUCGUUCCAGGGCCUCUGUGGUGCUCCGAUGCCCCUCACCCACUGUCGAAGAUCCCCGGUGGGCGAGGGGGUGGCAGGGAUCCUUCUCUUUCAGCUCUGAUAUAUAAGGAUGAGAAGAUCACUGUUAGCCAAGAUGUCCCAGUGCAUGAAGGGAAGCCUCACAUUGUCCACUUCCAGUACAAGGUCACAGAGGUGAAGACCUCCUCCUGGGAUGCAGUGCUCUCAAACCAGAGCCUCUUUGUGGAAAUCCCUGAUGGAUUAUUAGCUGAUGGAAGCAAAGAAGGGUUGUCAGCACUGCUGGAGUUUGCUGAAGAAAAAAUGAAAGUCAACUAUGUCUUCAUCUGCUUCAGAAAAAGCAGAGAAGAUCGAGCUCCACUCCUGAAGACAUUCAGCUUCUUGGGCUUCGAGAUCGUGCGGCCUGGCCACCCCGCUGUCCCGUCGCGGCCGGACGUGAUGUUCAUGGUGUACCCCCUGGAUCAGAGCUCUUCCUCCGAUGAAGAAUAGCAGCAGAGCGGAGCUCCAGUGGGACCCUGACAUGCUGUGGAGAGGAGAGAGGACCACCUCCUCUCCUGAGGAGAGGGAAGCAGAGCUUCUGUUGGACUGCAAGCGCAUUUCUCAUUGUUAGAUUGGGCUGUGUAUCCCCAGAGUUGACUCUCAUUGAAACAUGUUGCCUAGAGAACUAUCUAUCACACAUGUAAUCAUCACUAGGAAAAGGAAGAUGUUCAUGAACUGGCAUAGGAGCUCUUCCAAUGCACCUGCAUGGUGUGGGAGCCCCGGGGUCAGUACCACCUUCGGGACUCCUCUGAACCCCACUGGUGCCUCCUGCCCACCCAGCGUGGGCUCAGCUGGGACACAACCUGUUCAUUUCCCAUUCAAGACCUUAAAAACAGCCUGGCUUGGUGUGGGGCACAUGCAGGAGACACUCAAGUUUAUCCUUUAACACUACAUUAAACCCCCCAUACAUCUCCACUCCAAUGCUGGUUUAACUGGUCUAACCUUUUUUUUUUUUUCUUUUUUUUUUUUUUUUUUAUUUUUUUUUUUUUUUUUUUUUUUUUUUUUUUUUUUUUUUGAAACUUCUUGCUCUUCCAGCUUUUGUUUUACGCAGUCUUAACCCUGUUCCACGUUCCCACUACACUAUCACAGCAUUCAAUAAAAGGGGCAUUCAGAUGAACUUCACAUACCUGGGGCUGCUUAUUUGGGAGGACCAGUUUCCUUACCUGCACUCUGAUGGUUGGUCCAAACAGCCAAGAAAAGCUCCUGCCUUUACCCUCUGCCCCAGGAUGGGUCUGGAGCAACCCCAAGCCCUCAACUCUGCUCCUACUUAUCUUUCCACAGGGAUGACCUCAAGGCUUGAGAUGCCACCAGUGGCUGUAUCCAAACCAAAGAGUUGUGUGGAGCCUGGCAUAUUCUCCCCAUCCAGGGGCUUUUUCCAGGAAAGGGUCAUGGUGCCAUGGAUCCAUGGUGCCAGCAGUAGGUCAUGCCUCACCCCAGCCUUGUCCCUGUCCUGUAGCACUGUCCCUGUAUCGUGGCUGGCUCUGUCUGGCAGCCCCCAGGGAAGGGGGAGGGAAGGGGGCUGUGCCCCAGGGACAUGCCCUCAGCUCUUCCUGGCCUGGCUCCUUGUUGUGGGAUUGUUCCUGUUGUGCCCUUGCCCUUCACGGAUGAUUCUAUUGGGAACUGGACCAGAGUCAUUCCAUAUCCAGCAUGGUGUUUGGUUAGGGAGAGGUGGGGCUGGGAUAUGAGUCUGUGUGAAUAAAUAACCAUAAAUUUG